GAACCUCGUAUGGGCUUUUAGAUUUUGGGAAGGCCCAUAAAAUAAAAAACAGUAAGGUAUUUGUAUCGCCGAUUUUGUCUCCCGAUAUCAAACACGUAUCCCUCGACUCGCCUGAGAGCUUGUUUCCCCUCCCCACCCCCGAUCACGCACGCCGCAGCAACGCUCGCCCGGUAAACGUGCUACUCAAAAACCUACGAGAUGUCUGAUUCCGAUAUGGACAUUGACGACGACGUCGUCCCAGUACAGGUUCAGCAUACGAUUGCCGGAGACUCUGGAUUGCUGCUCGCUAAACCACUCGAAGCUUCCGUUUCACAGAACGGUGGUCAGAGAGUUUUCCCUUUCACGAACGAGAGGCCUUCACUGGGGAACAUUGGAAGAGGGAGUCUACAAAACGGUGGUGCUGUUUUCAGAGAGAACAGGCCUGUAUUUGCUAAUAGUAUCAGUUCCUCCUUCCCAGUGAGAAGCAGCUUUGUUCAAGAACAUGGAUCUUCUUCUAUCACUUCUUAUAGACAAACAGACGUGGGAUCUUCUGGACCAGCCUGGACAGGAUCAUUGUUCAGUUCUGCUCCUAUGAAUCAGUAUGAUGCUUCUAACUUGGGGAGUUUUGAAAACAGGAGUGAUAUAAAUGGUUCUGGAUCACUACCGAUGGUGCAAGCCGUAUCUGUUUCAUCCGUUCAAGACCACAGGACUAGCAACCAGAAGAAGGUUUCUUCAAAUGAUUGGGAACCUUCUGAACCUUUUCGACCAUCUUUCACGAUUCCACCUUAUAUACUUCCCUCGUCUGAUGCCCUCUACGAUCCUUUCCCGGAUUUAGAGAUUCCACAAGACAGAUCUCUUACUGCUCCAUCGUCAAGUAAAGGGAGAGAUGCGGAGAGAAAAGCUGGCCAGGAGAAAGAUGGUGAUUCUGGUAGUGGUCGCCAAGCACGGGAUUGCAAUGACGAUGAUAAAAACAGCUCAUGCAGUCAAACUCAAUACCAAGAAACUGUAACGAGGAAGAAUAUGGAAGCAGUGGAAGGGGUGGCCACUUCUGUUGUUGAUCAAAAUGAUGAAACAACACCAAGCAAAGAAGUUUCUUCUUCAGCGGCAGCAGAGAAUAGAGCUGUUGUUUUAAAACGAAGCAGACCUUCAGGGCACGGAUCUUGGCGUAGAAGUGACGGCUCUUCACAUCAAAAGUUGUUGAAAUCAGAUGAGAGAGAUGGUGAAGUGAGGUCAGACGCAGGGACCAAAGCAAUGAGACAGUUCCGGACUGCAGUUGUGGAAACCAUCAAAGACAUGGUGAAACCUUUGUGGCGUGAGGGCCGUCUUACCAAAGAAGUGCAUAACAUGGUAGUUAAAAGAGCUUCUGAAAAGAUAGUCAGCGCUGCUGUCCAGUCCCAUCAGGUGCCGACUGACUCAGCAUCCGUUGAUCAGUAUCUUAGUAUGUCUGCUACCAAGAUUGUGAAGCUUGUGGAGGGAUAUGUUGAAAAGUAUGGUAAACCUAAGCCCUAAGGUAUCAUCAAAUCAAACGCCACCUUACGUGGUGGCAUGAGGGCAAACUAAUGAACGAUAUUCUUGUAAAUUAUGUCAUCCUUCUUUUUCUUAGUUAGGACUUUGGCAGCUAAUUUCUUGGAUCUCUUUUCUUUCCUUUACCAAUAGAGGAAGAGGGUUGGAACUGGAGAUGUGUAUACAUUUGUAGAACUCAUCAAAGCUCUUGGUUAAUGCUUAGAAACAGCGCAUUACCGUAGAAAGAUAAUGGGUUAUUUUCAUUGAUUAUAGCCUUAUAGAGAUGGGCUUAUAUAUUAUAUAGUUAUUAGUGAUGUUGAGGUACGGUGUUGAUUAUCUUUGUGGGCCUCUGUUCAUUUUCAUUCCACAUCUACGCAUCUCUCCGUUAUCGUUUAUAUAGUACUUUUCACAUUUGCUGUUCCCUAGAAUACUUUUCCACAAAGCCUUA